UUUUUCUGCAAAAGUAGCGCGGAUUUGCACUUUCCUAAAUUCAAAUUUGAAUUGUUACUUGCUGAAGAAACGACUACUUGAAGAUUAUUAUUCGCGUUGUUAUAUAAAAUUUGAAAAUAGGCACAAACUUAGGAUACCCGUGACGGAUAUCAUGCAGGACUGUGAAUAUUCCGUGGAGGGUGACAAGCGAGGCGCCGCUCGACAUCCGCUGGCGCAGCCCUGACGGGCGGGCAUCGCCCUAGUUGCCCCUUCGCAUCGAACGGUUGCGUAGUAGCUAUCGCGAGCCCUAGCCAUAGAACCCUGUUAUUAUUUCAACUCUGUGUCUAAAUUUGUUUCUAAUCGAUAUUUUCUUUGUCUGACUGUGAUUCGUGCGAGUGUUUGGUUUGGAUUCAUAUAGUGCAAAGCAUUCUUUUACGGGCGUGAAAAUGGAAGAUUCCUAUAUAAUAGCUAAUUUCCACACGCUGUGUCGCUUGUGUUUGAACAAGAGCACUCUGACGGUGUCGAUUUUUGGAGCCGCGCCUGAUGAUGAAACCAAUUCGGCGCUAACCUCGAAAAUCGCUGAAAUUGCCGAACUUCAGAUGGACCCUAAUGAUGGCCUACCUGGAAGAAUCUGCUACAAAUGCUUGUUUAAAGUAGAUAUAUGUUCCAAAUUUCGCCUUCAAUGUAUCCAGAAUGAGACAAGACUGAGACAGAUAACAGUUAGAGUGAAUGAACAAGAGAAUUCAAAUUCUUCAGAGAUGUCCAAUUUCUACCCCACCACCCAAGAUAUGAACAAACAAGAUUACAUUGUAGAAGACAGUGUUGUUAUGGUGGUAGAUCCAAGCCUAGACUAUGAUUCCUCAGAGGAAUCUGACAACGCAGAUCAGCCCGAUGCAGAUGCCACAGAACGAAACAACACCCCUGACGGAGACCAUAUGCCAGAGUCAUUCUUCAAAAAUGUUGCCAUGUGUCAGUAUUGUGAUCAAGCUUUUAUUUCUCAAGAUAAGUGUAAAGAACAUGAGGUUACUUGCCAUGAUCCUAACCUACCAUUUAAAUGUAUAGAAUGUAGCUUAGUCUUCCCUGAGCGAAACCAAUAUGUCCAGCAUAUCAAGCAAGUACAUGGCACUGACAAGCCUUAUCAGUGCCCCGAGUGUGACAAGUCCUUUGGCCGCAGAUCAGAUUUAAGGAAGCAUUCAAUAGUUCAUACUGGCAUCAGGCCAUUUCAGUGCCAGUACUGUCUCAAAAGCUUCUCUCGUAACACAAAUCUAAGCAAACAUCUCAGGAUACAUGCAGGCACCAAGCCACAUGUAUGCCCUUUAUGUCCAAGAAGCUUUGUGUGUCGCAAUGACUUACAGCGCCAUGUCCUAGUCCAUUCCGGUAUGAAACCAUAUGCUUGCCGAAAGUGCCCUUUGACAUUUGGUAGAAGAGAUAAACUAAUCAAACAUGAAGUCAGACAUGGUCCUCUGAGUCCCAACCAAGUGCAUGAAAUAGAUAAUGAGCAGGAAACACAUGACAUGGUAGUCAACGUCAACCCUUACAGCAACUUACUGACUUCUCCCACUCACCAAGGUGCUGAUUAUGAUCUCCCUCGAGUGCCAGACCACAUUUCCGGUGUUAGUAGUUUUAUAAAUCAAAUACAUAAAACUCCUUCCACUUCAGGAAAGCUAACAACAUCUCCACCGAAACCAAAACCAGUAGCAAAUAAAAACAGGCCUAAAAAUAUAAAAUGUCACCAAUGUCCAAAAAAGCUAUCCUCAUUAGAUGCAUAUAAGACUCAUGUUUCAAUAGCACACAUUGGAAACAGAGGAUUCCAAUGCAAAAUAUGCUUCAAGAAAUUUUCUCGCAAGAGAGAGCUGGACCGACAUGUGACCCUUCACUCUGGAAUGAAGCCUUUCUCAUGCGGUCAAUGUGAUAAGAAAUUCAACAGGAAAGACAAACUGAAUAAACAUGAGGAAACUCAUGAAUGCCUGGUUGUAAACAUGCCUUGUAUUGAAUGUGGCCUCACUUUUGAGAAGAAAGCUGACUUAGUAGCCCACAUUAAAUCUCACUUCACUGACAAUUUUGAUGACAAGCCUGAGAUAAAGAAGGAAGAUGAGCCAGAGUUCCCAAUAGAUGACAACUAUUAUGACUUGGAGACCUGAGAUCAGGAGUUUAACAUUGAUAACUUUUCAUUGAUUAUUUGAAUUGUGGCACUGCUAAUCUAUAUCUAUACACACCACUGUCCUUGGAUAAGAAUGUUUCAAUCCAUGUAAUUCUGAAUCAUAAUUAUAUGUAUUGGAUAAUUUACUGUAAGAUGAACAAUAUAGAUAGAGCUAUUGUUGUAACUGUUAAAUUUUAAAGAGUUCUAAAUGUGAUUAUUAUAAAUAGUAUUUUAACUUGUACGGAAGUAUCACAAUACAGAGCCAAAUCAUAACAUGUAUCUAGGGUACUUUAUCAUCGUAUUAAUACAAGUAGUAUAACUAAAUGUGGUUACUGCAGAAUGUUUAUUAAUACCUUAGAACAAUCUCCAUUUUAAACUAUCAGAAAUAAUUUAUGUUGGUAUUAUAUCUUUAAGAAAUAAAUUAUUAUAGUCAUAUUAGUAUUUAGAUACAUGUGUGGAGUUGCUGCUCCCUAAAAACUUAUUCUGUUACUACAUAUACAGGGUGUCCCAGAAUUCGACGUCAAGCCGUAAACGGACGAUAGACCAAGUCAUAACAGUUAUCAUAAAAAUACAAAAAAAAAUCCAACACGUUCUUUAAAAAUUAUGGUCACUUUAAAAAUUCACUAAAAAAUCCACACCCUGUAAUUAUUCAAGAUUACACAAUAAUAAAAAAAUUAGAAUAAAUUAUGAAAUUUGUAGUAACAAGAGUUAAAGAACCAUUACAGGGUGUGGAUUUUUUAGUGAAUUUUUAAAGUGACCAUAAUUUUUAAAAAACAUGAGAUGGAUUUUUUUUUGUUUUUUAUGAUAACUGUUAUGACUUGGUCUAUCAUCCGUUUACGGCUUGACGUCGAAUUCUGGGACACCCUGUACAUGUUAUUACGAAUUAUAUGCACCAACUACAAUUAUGCAAAUCAAAAUCAAAUGAUAAGUAACAAAAUACACUAAUGUAUAAUUUUAUGUGAUGGAACAAUUACCUCUAUAACGUAGGCAGUAAUGUAUGACGUUAUUAAAUCAUACACAGUGCAUUUUUACAACAUUAAUAUAAUAAUCUGCAAUUACGUCUGCGUCAAUAUUCAUCACAAGAAAAGGUGUACGAAAACGUUUUAAUUAAGUAGUACAUCACGAUACAAGUGCGAAAAAUAGUAAAUUCGUAACGAGUGGCGAUAAAUAAAAUUAAAACACGACCAAAGGGAUUGUUUUAAAUGAACACGAGUUCCGAAUGACCCAUUGACACAUGUAUCGUACGUUUGACAGUAGGUACAUGGUACAUAUGUACCAUGUACCCACAAAAAUGCCCAGAAAAUUUUCGACAUAGUUACGUAAUGUGCUAUUAUCGCACUAGUACGGUAAAGUGGCACUAUACGUACCUACUGUAAUAGUGCAUUAUGAUACAAGUGCGAAAAGUAGGAAGUUCGCAACCAGUGGCGAUAAAUUAAAACACGAUACGAGUUACCUUUUCGCACGUGUAUAGUACAACGUUUUACAGUACAUAUAUGGCCCUUUAAAUUUUCCACAUACGCAUAUAUAGUGCUAGUUACCGCACUAGGGCGGUAAAAUUAUAAAUUAGCACCAGAUCUACUGUAGCACUUAUGAAACCUGCAUUGCAACUUUAUUAAUAAUAACUGUGCUGAUCAGAUUUCAAAAAUGUAUUUUAUAGUACAUAUGGCCCUACUUUUCCGCACUAGUGCGUGAAAUAGCACUUUUCGUGCGUUUGCCAAAAGUUUAAAGGGACAUAUAUGUGCUGUAAAACGUUGUAUGAUAUACGUGCGAAUUUGUUAAUUUCCUUAUUUAAUUUCGAAUUUCCUCUUUACCGCACUUGUAUCUUAAAUAACUAUUCUAUGCCUACUUAUUCUGUAAAGGUACCUAUAAUAACUUUUACAAAAAACUAUUGUAAGUACUUACCUAAUUAAAGUACUUCCAUUAUGUAUAAAAAUGAUUUAUACUAGCAGAUUCCAGUCUACAUUAAUAGUUAAUUAUUAUUUUAGUUUUAUUUAGAAUCAGUGUAGAUGAGAUAAACCUCACCUUUGGUCCUUCCUGGAACAGCAGGGAUCAUUUUGGUAUAGCUACUAAUAACAUUUUAGUUGCAUUUUUUUUUAUCUGGUUUUAUAUUUUCUUAUUUAUAUUCCUAUUGUGUUAACUAGAAAGUGAGAAUUGUUUUUCCCAUUUUUUACCUGCAGAAGCAAAGGAGUGGCAGUUCCCACCAGAGGGCCUACCGCGGAAAACGUAAAUCUAAAUUUCGUUAUCUGCCGCUGUCGCUCGCAUACGCAGGAGCGGUAGUGAGGCAGAUAUAUUUUUUUUGAUGUUGGCACCGGCCAGUGGCCGCCCUAUAUAACUGAGUGGCCACUGCGAUGCAGAAGAUGCAGUUAUGUUUAUUAUCAUACAUUGUUCACAUAUUUCUCUUUGCGCAAUAAAUGCUGUCGCAUAGUAA